AUGUCUGAUCCAGUCUCAAUUCUAAAAGGAGAAAUAAAGCGCCUUGGGUUCGUCUCAGGCGAAAAAAUAAGUUUAUUCGCUCAUUUUACCGAACAUGUAGAAAAAAUUGCUGUUGCAGUAUCUUGCCUUGAUGAGUUCGAUACAGACGAAGAUAAACGUAACUUAUUUGAGGCCUUCAAAAACUUUUCGGUCUUAUGGGCUCAAUGGUGGAUUAUUGAGAAUAAAAGAGUGAAAUUCGACUCUAAAGAAGCCUUCAUUGAAUUCAUUGAUAAUUGCCAAAAUUCGCUUAGAAAUCCUGUUAUAAUAUUAGAUAUGAAAGAAAUUCUAGAUACUUUACCAACACCAUCAAAACUUGGAGAAGCUAUUUGA